CCUCUGCGCCCCCGCCUGCCUCCCGUGCGGGCUCUCAGUGCCCGCCGCUUCCAAACUGAUUGCUGCCUUGCUGACUCUGCCCGGGUCUGGGAACAUGAAGCUGCUGCCGUCGGUGGUGCCAAAGCUCUUCCUGGCUGCAAUGUUCUCCGCGUUGGUGACUGGCGAGAGCCUGGAGCGGCUUCGGAGAGGGAUGGCAGCUGGAACCAGCAAUCCGGACCCUCCCACUGGCUCCACGGACCAGUUGCUACCCACUGGAGGUGCCCGAACCAGGGAGGUCGUGGACUUGGAAGAGUCAGCCCUUUUCAGAGUUGCUUUAUCUUCCAAGCCACAAGCUCUAGCCACGCCAAGCAAAGAAGAGACGGGGAAAAGAAAGAAGAAGGGCAAAGGAUUAGGGAAGAAGAGAGACCCAUGUCUUCGGAAGUAUAAGGACUUCUGCAUCCAUGGAGAAUGCAAAUAUCUGAAGGAGCUCCGGGCUCCAUCAUGCAUCUGCCAUCCAGGUUACCAUGGAGAGAGGUGUCAUGGACUGAGCCUCCCAGUGGAGAAUCGCUUGUAUUCAUAUGACCACACCACUAUCCUGGCCGUGGUGGCUGUGGUGCUGUCAUCUGUCUGUCUGCUUGUCAUCGUGGGACUUCUUAUGUUUAGGUACCACAGGAGAGGAGGUUAUGAUGUGGAAAAUGAAGAGAAAGUGAAGUUGGGCAUGACUAAUUCCCAUUGAAAGAGACCGAUGCUCAAGGAAUCUGCAGGAAUGGCCUCCUCUCAGAAGACACUAGUUGAUUGCAGGUCUGCAGAGGGAAAAACUUCCCAACUAGUCACAAGACUUUAUCAACCCUAGCUUUGGUAUCUCAUUUGGGACUCCUAUAAUUGCUUUGCGAAAAUACCAGAGCCUACAAGUGCCAAACUAUAUGUUCAGUGGGAUGGAGAUCAGAAGAAAACAAAAAUCAGGACCUUCAGGCCCUUCUGAUUCCCCGCCACCAAACCCACUUCUCCCAUCAGUUUAUUUAAACACUUGUCUUCUGGACUAAAAUACCAGCUAAAUUCCAUAUGCUCCAGGAUCUUUCAAGAGAAAAAGAAAAACAGAAGAGGAAGAAAGACUGUGGCCUAUGGAAGAAAGCAACAAAGUUGAGAAGCCAUGUACUCAAGUAGUCACCAAGGGAUCUACUAUUCGGACCCUCCAGUGCUGGACGAGCUAACUGUGAAAUACCACAAACCUGAGAACUCGAGAUUUUGGGAUUUCUACCCAGAGGGGAGAGAAAAAAAAAAAACAACUAUUUUUUGU